UGGUGGUAUAAGGCAGGAAUUCACCCAGGACAAGAGGCACCAGUUUUUAGGAGGUCUGUCUCUCUCGCCCACCAUGCCGCCGUUCGGACUCCUUGUGCCGAUGCUGCUGCUGCAGAUCUGCUGUUGCCGGGCGACGGAAGUUUCUGAAGAUGCAAGUGCAGAGUUCUGGGUCAGACUGUACCGUCAGCUGCAGAUACCCGGGGAGGACGAGAACAUCAUCUUCUCCCCUCUGAGCGUGGCGCUGGCGAUGGGCAUGGUGGAGCUCGGUGCACGUGGAUCAUCUCUGCAGCAGAUACGACAGGUCAUGGGUUACACAAACUACAGAGAAGAUGAAGAGUUCUCCAUGUUGAGGAACCUGACCCAGGCUCUGACGGUAGAAGAAUCUCAGUAUGUGGUGCGUUGUGCGAAUUCCCUGUUCCUCCAGAGUGGGAUUCACUUCAACCCAGAGUUCCUGAAGCUGAUUAAACAUUAUUUCCACGCUGAAGCUGAGACGGUGGAUUUUAACGAAUCGGCCGCUGUGGCUCAACACAUCAACGCCUGGGUUCAAAACCACACGGAGAGUAAGAUUACUGACCUGGUGUCGGCCGAGGAUUUCAGCAGCCUGACCAGGAUCACACUGGUUAAUGCUCUUUACUUCAGAGGAAGCUGGAAGAAUCAGUUCCGACCCGAAAACACCAGAACGUUUUCAUUUAGCAAAGACGACGGCAGUGAAGUGCAGACGCUGAUGAUGUACCAACAGGCGGAUUUUUACUAUGGUGAGUUUAGUGAUGGCACUAUGGAGGCGGGUGGUAUGUACCAGGUGCUGGAGAUGCCAUAUGAAGGAGAAGAAAUGAGCAUGAUCAUCGUUUUACCAAGACAAGAAGUUCCACUGGCUUCGUUAGAGCCGAUCAUCAAAGCCUCCCUGAUUGAUGAGUGGGCCAAUAACGUCAAAAAGCAGAAAGUGGAGGUUUACCUGCCCAGGUUUAAAGUGGAGCAAAAGAUCGAUUUGAGAGAGACGCUGCAGCAGCUCGGCAUCAAAAGUAUCUUCACUAAAGAUGCAGAUCUCUCAGCCAUGACCUCCAACAGUGCAGAAGGGAAGAACAUGUUCAUCGCUAAAGCCGUACAGAAGUCGUACCUGGAGGUGACGGAGGAGGGAGCAGAGGGAGCCGCUGGAUCAGGGUUUGUAGCUCUGAGCAGGACCAUGGUGCUGUACCCUCAGGUUAUGGCUGAUCAUCCGUUCUUCUUUGUCAUCCGAAACAGAAAGACAGGAUGGAUUCUGUUUAUGGGCCGGGUCAUGAACCCAGACGUUAUCGAUCCCUAUGAAGCUGAAUUUGAUUCGGCGUAAGACGCAAGUCAUCGAAUGAAACGACGCCCAAAGAGAGGAAGUGCAUUACGCCGUGUACUCUAUGCUACAUGUGAUUGUUUUUUAUACUCUCAGCUUUACCGAACAUAAAUCCUGCAUUUCGUUCUUCUUACCCCGAAUAUUGAUCAGCUAAGAUGUUGAGCAUUGAUUGGCGCGAUCGCGUCUGUCGAGCAAACUGCUUUGUCAGUAUAACUAUGGGUUACAGACAUACAUUAGAACAGCAGGUGGCAGUAUACAGUCGGCAGCACAGAACAGUGUAACGGCUGGUGUGGUUACCUGAUCCAUGCCUGACGAGGGUGCAGAAGUCUAAUACAGUCUAAUACAGUAGACCACCGACACUGACACCUCAAGCUCAAGUUCAAAUCUCAGCCGUGCUACCUGAUGGGCGUCACACAGACAUGAUUGGCUGUGUCUACAGUGGGACGAUGGUCAAACAGGUUCCUAAUUGCUGCUGCAAUUCUGGCCUCUGCUGGCUAGUCGAGACGCGUGCUUGGGUUCUGCUGAUCAUGAAUGGCUAGGGAUGUAACGAUACACUCUACCCAUGAUGCGAUGCAAUUCACGAUACUGAAUAGUGAAUCCGUUUUUUUUUUCAUGAUUUUUUUAAACAAAAUUAAAUUGAAGACAAAUUAUGACAAAGUUUCCUUUUCUUAUUUCUCUUUAAAAAAAUAAAAUAAAAUACUGUAUUUGUGAUUAUCUUUUAUUUAUCUAAAUAAUGAAUGCCCUUUUAUUUCUGAGGUAGGUACAAACUAUGCAAAACAAUGCUGCACAUUUCCCUUUUUGUGUAAAAAAAACUGAAAUGAAAUCUUAAAACAAAUCCCACAUUAAAUAAAUAAAUGAAUAAUACAAAUAAAGAAAGUAUCCUGACAUAAAUAUAUUUGGCUGGAAAAUUCCAAACCUGGCAACCCUGUAGUGAUGUCAACCAGGCAAGGUGA